AUGUGCAGCAAUGUUGUCGCUGAUCCAAAACUGGGUCUGUGGUUUGCACCAAACAGUCAUUUGGGUGAAGCUGGGCUCCUUUUUGGUCGGAGAGAAGGGCAGGUGCGUAGCAUGCGUACGGCGGUGACUGCGCGCCUCAUUGCUCGUUAACGAAUCAUUGGCGUGCAGGCCAUAAUAUCGCUGUCUUCCCAGCCACUCCUUAAAUCUGCUAAAUUUAUCCUCAACCUCCAUUCCGACGCGUCAGGUAUAUUAGUCUAGCUAGUGCUUCAAUCCCCCUGUCAGGAGUGGCACCACUUUGGGGUGGCUGUGGCGUUCCUCGGCAGUAUCACGGUUGUAUCCGUGAGGUAUGUUAUGCAGAUAAUGGUUUCUGGAGACGUGAAGUGGAAUGUGGAGUUCGCAAUCCUAAAAUUCUGCAGAAAUACUGCGAGUGGAGAAGUAGGUAUAGGACAAUGACAACCGAAAUUUAAGUUCACUCUUUCGACACCCACAAACUCUUUUCGAUCGUGCGGUAAGCUGAUGGGUGUCCGAGUGUUAUAGUCAGAGCUGCAAGCUUGAGGUAUUGGAUUCCGAGUGGUCACCAGUCAUCUGUUCCUUGAACUGGCUGUUCCAGCCUUGCUUGACUUACUGUGUGCGUCAAUGUUCCUGGAAUACUGGCCGUUACGCUUCCUAAUUAAUCAGGCUAAGUAGGUGCGGAUGCAGGUUUGACUAGCAGAGAGCAUAAUAUCGAGUUAAUUUCCACCCGGUACCAUUCUAAACAUUGGCUUUGCUUACCUGACUUGCGGCAAGCGUCCAUGCCGAAGCGGCGGGUAUUUCCUCACCAGGUUUAGAUACUCAUCCAUGUUUGCACACGUUCCCAAAAACGUCUAUCCUCUCCGAAGAUGAUGCACAAGUAGCACUGCCGAUUUGCGUAUAACUCGAUCCUCUGUUGUUUGCAGAAUAUUCCAUUUCAUUUGAAUCAGACGACAUACUACGUAUGCAGUAUUCCAUCACCUGAGAACGUCCGCAAAAUGUCGUCCAAUUUCGAAGCUAGUAGUGAAAUACAUAAACUUCUCCUCCAUCUACAGAUGUUAUGGACUGCCAAGUUUCUUCUAAAGUUGAAUAGUAGAACUCAAAUUUCGCGGUAGAAUUUUUAGUAAGUGCGACGUAUAUAUUAUCAUUCUUGUGAAAAAGUGGUAAGUUUGUACGUGAUCGAGUCUCCGAACUGGCAUGUGUUAUAUACCCUGAAAAGUACUUUCGCAAUCUCGCCUUUAAAGCAAAUAUCUCACGAGCCAAUUGAGCGAGCUAAGAACUGAGCUUGAUGCAUACGUUGGCUUGCCAAGAAGCAAAUGAAAAAAACUAAGUGAAUGUUUGGGGAUCGGAAAUUGAAUAAUGACCAUUGGGAACAUCGUGUCCGAUCAAAAUAAAUAAUAGGCUCCGCGUAGCAAGGCGACUUCUGAAUAGAUCGACUGUUGAUGAGAUAGUACGUAAUGGGAGAUGUCAACACUGCACAAGGUGAUAUUUGAAGUACUUGGGUUUUCGUGGCCAAUUUACGGGCGGGGCACGGAAACAUGGACCCCCGUAUUACGGGCGGCCAUGUGCCGAAUUCCAGGUGCGGGGGGGCAGAGUUAUGGCCGGGGUUAGUUUUGCGGUUAGGAUUAAAACUAGGACACGAGAACAGGCACCCCAUUGGAGAUUACCACAAAGCCAUCCGUUCUACGGGGCGUCCUUAUUUCCGUACCCGAGUAAUUCCAGCCAUCCCUUUUCUGAAUAUCUCACCUUUCGCCGAGUCCGUAGGUUGAAUAAUUUGUCGAACCAGUUAUCGCCCAAAUUCCAGCCGGUUUCCCAACCUUUGAGCUAUCGCAGUUGUCAGUCAUUUUUGAGAAAACUAGGCAUUGUAGUCUUUAUCCUGGUUCACGGGACAAGUCUACUUUGUAUGCAACGGUUUGCUAAGGUUUUGAGGCAGCUCAUUUAGACUUAGGAGGCUGGAGUUCGCAGGCGUCCUUAAACCCACAAAGCUGUCUCCCUAUCAAAAUGACAAAAAAGUGCCUUUCUCAAUCCUUUUCGGUCAUUUAUGCAGCAACGCAGUGCUGUUGGAGCGCUGGCGUUCCUACAUGCUAGUUCUUGCAACCUUUGAAAUGAAACUUACGUUUCAGCGUACCUCCAUCUUUUCCUAACCUCGCCGCUUUUAUUUGUCCUGAAACGAACAUUAUAAUAACCCACACAUGAACGGAACUCAUGAUGGUCGCAUAAUUUCUCACCUCUCAUUUCUCAUGGUGCGUACGUUCUACGUUGCACUAGUAAACAUUCGGUUGGCCAAUUUGGCAAAUAAUCCCCCAACAACUUACAGGGGUUUCUGAAUUGGAAACUCUACUUCCACUUACUACCCGAAAUAUCAUAUGCAAAGACAAUUUCCCACUCUUUUUCGACUAAGAAUGACAGAAUACAAUAGGUAGGACCAAGUAUUGAGAUAUUAAAUGAUAAAUGAGGCGUGUGUAGGCAUUAACAGAGGAGGACAUAAUUGAAGGCUGCGUCUUUAAACGCGAACAUUAUCUUCGACCUCUGCACGUAGCCCUCAACCCGCAAAGCAAAAAAACCAGAGUAAGCUUAGGGAAAACACCUUACAGAAGCCAUAAAAUGUGAAUAAUGUUCCGUAGAGGCUAAUUGGUAGAUUUUGACAACUGAAUGAUUUUUGGAGUUUGGAUGCACUAUCAACAGCUAGCAGUUCAAAUAGGUCCCACUCAGCUGGCCGAAAAGCACCCAUCAGGGUUGAAACUCACACUCGUUACAUAUAACCUACUGAUAUAAUGAUAGUAGUUCUAAUUUUGUUGUACUUCCUUAAGGUUGACCGUGAAGACGUGUCGACGAAGUCGCAAGCCCAGAUUGUCUCCCUGCUACGCGUAAAGCCCGUGGGUUCAGAGGUCGAACUAGUAGUUCGUCGGCCCCGCCGGCCGAUCACUGGGGAUAUCACAAUGGUGCCCGUUGAAAACCAAGGAGGUUUUACCGUCAACGCAGACUCCUCUCCACUCUACGAGGGUUAUCGAUCCGUGGGAGGUGCCAGCGGUCUUGGAUGCCACUGUCCGUCUCCAAACUGCGCUGUCAGAUUGCCAGACUACGCUAGACAGGUUCACCAGGUUGGAAGUUGUCGACUGGGCAGCCUGGAUGAUUCCCAUGUCAGUGAUUAUCCCGAGGUAAGAUAUUUUCCUCAUUUCAUAAACAAUCCGAAGCAGUUUUUAAUGUAGUGAGGUAAGCUGAUGCGAAGAGUCGUCGCCAACUAGGUAUUUGUGUUCAUGUCUGUUUUUAUUAAUCUCUAUCCGUGAAAAGUCAAUGGAAUGCUAAAGAAUCCGGUAAGAAAGCUGUUUACUUUAAAGCCAUGCACUCUGAUUGGUAAUGGUUCAUGCAUAACUAUCGGCUGCCUUUAUGUUGAUAAAAUAGAACGAGUACGACCCCCAGUUCCGAUCAACAGCACCAAUCCUAAUGCGAUGAAGUUAUCAUUUGGCGAACAUCUAACGCAUAUUGUUCUUACCUGCCGUCAGACACAUUGACAUGGCUGUAUUAUUCGUUCUCUCUCUCGCUCCCCUCUCUGCUUAGCGAUUCGAAAAAGUCAUUUACUUGAAGUUGGACAUCCCACUACUACAAACGGGCCCCUUCCUAUCGGCGCAGGAGACAGUCACCACCACCGCCACGUCCAUCCCCUCUAGUCCGGCUCUUGCGGGUGGUGGAACCCCUGGAGGCCAUAGCAGCAGCAGCGGCGGCACUGUCCGUAAUCGGCUGGCGACCAUGCGUCUGGGAGUGAGUGUUCGUGAGGGUGGGGUCACUGGUGCCUUCGAAAACAGCAGCUGGGUACUCGAAGGCAAGCAGCAUAUGGUCGGCCCUGCUGUCGCCUCGGAAUCCGGAAGAAUGCAUCAGCAACCUUCUAGACUGAGGCAACAACAGAACCUGAUAGAUCCCCUUGGGAAUUCCCUGCCCUGGGGGACCAGUCCAGUGGGUCUGAGGUCUUCCACCGCCAGUGGCGUUUUUGUCAAAGGCAUCAUCGAGGGUGGAGCAGCCCAUGCGGUAAGAUCCUGUUAGCGUUUGAGGGCGGUGUUCUGCACCUAUUUUUGCAAAGCCCAUCUAGAGCACCGAUAUAUUAUUGGCUGUUGUCUUGUGAUGUAUGUGAUCUUCAAACGUCAUUGGCCAUCCGUCUGUCCAAUCAGGUUACUACGCAGUCAUGCUCGUAAGCCAUUGGAUGACUGGGAGGAAGUGGCUCGAGCGAAUCAUCGGGGACUUCGGCGGCACUAAAUAGCCUAAAAUUCUAAACAGGAAAAUCGGUGAACUUAGAUUCGCCUACUACUAAGUCUAGGAUGUUAAAAUAAGUAAAGUGCUGGAAAACUGGCCUAAUCGGAAAAUAAAAACUGCCCAGCGUCAGUGGGCAGUCAAGUCCAUCAUUCUGACAGUCACGUAAUUGCUGCCAAUGGGAAACCGAGAAAGGCAAGGGAGGCCGGAACGGACAUUUCUGGCCUACCAGUCAUCAUCAGCCAGUCGUACCCAACCCCAAAUGCAGACCAUCUGAGAUUCGAACCCAGGGGUCUCUGUCGGUAUUCCACUGUCAGCAUAUGCUACUAGUCACCAUGUGACUGCCUGAAAGGUCUCUGGAUUGGUCCCAAGGCACAACGGAGUGAACAUGUCCCCCAAAAUAAUCGGUGAGUGUCACAGUUUCAUAGUCACGUGAGUUUUUUUUUUACCAAAGAUGAAGUGUUAAUAUUGUUAAUAGUAACCACUGAUAUUUGCUUGGGCAAUGUUUCGCUCACUUUUUCACUCAACAAAUUUCCCUUUAAGGACGGUCGACUGCGGGUAGGUGAUGAGCUACUUGAGGUAAAUGGGAUCUCCCUGCUCAACACAGCCAAUCCUCUCGCAGUGCUGCGGGCCGUGUUAAAACAGGCCACGCAGGCGGCCAGUUCAAUGACAACUGCUGGCUCUGUCGCCACUCGAGCCUCCUCCGGAGACCGCACGGCUCCCACACUCUCCAGGCAGGAGGAGGGGGAGGGGGAGGAGAAGAAACACGGUGCCGGCACGGCCAUACCUAUCAUACGCCUUCUGAUUGCCCGACGGAUACGACACAGGCGCUCAGCUUCCGGACAUACAGUGAGUUUUUGAAGGAUUCGAAUGUGAUGCACAGGGUACCUCCCGCCGCUCUUGAAGCGGAGAAGGUUGCUGCGUUUUCACACUACGCCCUGCUGUCUACCGCAUUCAUAAAACAAACAAUAAAGUCGGCUGUUGAGAAUUUCCUAAAGCAAACUGUUAAUUCUUGGUAGAGUGCGGUUUGGUAAAGGGGAGAUGUGAGCCCUAGAGUAAUAUUUGUAUUAGCCACAUAAGACCACUAUUCGAGACAACAUCAAGUAAGAACAAUGUUUACAGGAAGGCUGCAGUAUUUAUAGUAUACAGGUGCUACAGUGAGUCACCGACCUCAUGAAAUGUUGGCCACUAUUCUGAAAUGCAUUUUCGAUCAGAAGAGAUAACUUAGGUGAGGUUGUAGUAUUGCUUGGCUUGCGGCAAAACCCUUCAGUAUUUCGGUUUCGGCAGGAUGUCAGCUUCUGAAGGCAGCUCCUUCCAAUCUCCUGUAAAAACCAUACUCGUCAAAAAAUGACUAUUUAAGUAGCAAGCAUUUUUCACACUGAUUUUCGAUGGUCUUAUAAAUUCAAAUAAAUGUUACAAAAUACAUGAACAAAAUGCGUUCUCCUUCUUUCGUUUUAUAGAGAAUCAGGUCAACUUUAUAUUUUAUACUUGAAGAAAGAGUACAACUUAUUUUUUCAAAAGUUUCUAAUUAUGCAAUUUUUCAAGACCGUGUAGUGUCCAUUCAUACAGCAUCAUACCUGUCCGUUUACCCCUGCUCCUCAUGAAAUUUACAACAUAGUCCACAUCCAUUGCAAAAUUUUGUAGACUUAAUAUGACAUCUUUUUAAAGGCGUAGAGGGAUGUUUGAUUUUCCUUACGGGGAACGCAUGCACCUUGUAGACUGAAAUCAUCAGGAGCUCAUGCAACGGCUAAUCAGGCUCCAAAUUAUUCGGUAAUUAGAAAACUCUUUAAAACUAAACUAAACUUUUCGUUGAAUAUCUGAAAUGAAAACGACGUAAUUCUCUAUCCAAAGAGUGGAAGUAUGCAUAUUUUUGUUCAUGUCUUUUACAGAAUAUAUUUGAAUUUAUAAGACCAUCGAAAAUCAGUGUGAAAAAUGCAUGCUACUUAUGUAGUCACUUUUUACCCAGCACGGUUUCUACAACGAAUUGAAAUGAGGUGCAUUCAGAAGCCAACAUCCUGCCAAAUCCGAAAUACUAUAGGAUUAUGCCGCGGGAUAGUCAGUAUUAUAACCCCACCUAAGUAAUCCUUCCUAAUCAAAAACGCCUUUCAGAAUUUUGGCCAACAUUUCAUGAGAUCGGUCGCUCACUGUAGGUCACAGCACGUUUAUGAAGACUGGUGUUCCCGGUGCGAUGAUUGUUUGAUUGGCCGUCGUUGUGUCGCACUUUAUCGCAAAGUUAGCCUUGUGUUGAUUAUUGGUUCGAUAGUGACUCAGCAACUUGACUCGUCGACAGUUACACCUUAAAGAGUCAUCAUCCGCGUGCACCCCGCCACCCGGGCAAGGCUUCAAAACUAUUGGUUGCUGGCUCCGGCGGUAGAUUCGAGUGUGAAUCCGAAACAUCGGACAAAUAAAACCGCCGUUUCGGUAAUUGUACCCAAUUCUCCCCAGAUGCUUCCUGCGAUUCGCAUUCUGUCUUGUAUUAACCACGUCUAUCAGUAAUUUCGAUUCACAAAUCUAGCCAAAAAGUAUUUUAAAGCUUUCUACCGGCACCUUAAAGAUACAUCGGUGAUGGGGUUCGUGAACUGUGUUUGUCUUCUUAUACAAAAUUCGCACUUCUGCCAGGAAAGAACUAGGCGAAAUUAAAUGUUACGUCAGCUCGACCGGCACGAACUACAACUUCCAUUCUGUGUCACAAACUGUACUCACGAAAUUCUGGGUGAAUUCAGGAUGGCAAACUGGUGUCAGUGGCCCUUGUAUGAGCGUUGAGGUUGGCGCUUUUGUCGAUCCAAGUUUGUGUGUGCGUGUUCUCACUGAUGCUAAUCCGUAUGUGCGCACUUCUGUGUGUGUAUAAAAUAGCAUAAAAUUCGUUAACAAACCGGGAGUCUUUCAGGAGUAAACAUUCGUGUCCUAGGUAACUGCUAUCUGGCGACGAAGGUGGAAAGCUCUCCUAUCCAUUACCGGAACGGCUCUUUCGUUCGGAUUUGGGGUCAUAUAGGGCAUAUUUUCAAAACGGAAAAACUAGACAAUGAUUAGUCGGGAAAAACCACAAUAGAUUGUCAGUCACAGUUUUCCUCCUGUCUGUGUCCGAAAGGUUCGAGCAGAAGACUUUUUAUCUCACUGACCAGACAGCCUCCGUCUUCUUGUUUCAGCGUAGAGAGGGCAUCAAAAUCUCUUAGGCAACACCAGUAGACUGACCCUCGGAGGCGGGGUCCGGUGUGGCAUAAAGUGGAUGUUUGUCUUGCCACGCCAGAAUUCUACAAAUCGCUUGAUUUCCGGGUCUAUCUGGUUCUUUCUCUCUCACUCCGCCCUCUCUCCUUUAAAUAAUUCUACUGUGUUAUAGAUUGGUUCAAAUCUGGGAAACGAAUAUAUUCACCCGGACUUGCCUUUUGACCACCGCGGCGAGGUGGAUCGGCUGGCCGAACAGUUCGGGCGUCGGCUGAGCGCGGGCUCCCCUGAGGCGCCAGGCUGUGCUGUGCGCAUCUUCGCCAAUGUACACCCCCUCGUAGCGGUGGCACCAGCGGCCUCCUGUGAGGCGGAGGCGCCAGGUCCACUCAGGGGUCCCCCAGUGCAGGCUCAGAGUCAAGGAGGGGAGAGUCCCAGGAUAGGAGAAGAGGGGAGGAAGCAGGCGGUUCCAGGGGUGACCAAUAAAAGGCCGGCCCCUCUGCUUCCGAGGCGGCCAAACACUGCCGCCAUCGGCAAUGAGUCGACCGACCCUUUGGUUUCCAAGACAUCCCAACAACCACCCCCACCGAGAAAGCCCCCGGAGGAGAGGCCGUGA